AUGUUAUACAAACAAAGUACAAUUGUAGGUAUUGAUGGUGAUUUAAUUCGAAUUUUAUCAAAACAUGAAGCAUUAAAAGAUGAAAUUCCAUUUAAAGUUAAUGAAUUAAGAAGAUACCUUUCUGUUGGAAAUUAUGUUAGAGUUCUGAAUGCAAGAUUUCAAGGAGAAACUGAAAUGAUUGUUGGAAUUGGUGGAAUAAAAGCAAUUGUAUUAAGUGAUGAAACUAAAGAUGAAGUUGGUUAA